GUAUUUAAUUGGAUAUGGUUAAGAAGUAGUGUAAAGAGCAACCGCGUAGUUGUUACACGCAAUAUGGAGUCCAUACAAACAACUCGUGCACUUUCCUUCAAGCCAAAUACUUUAAGUUUUGUACGUGAACAAGUCAAUAUAAAUUCACCAACACGUAUCAAUGAAGCCAUCGAUUUAUUGAUACAAUGGAUUCAAAAACAAAACCAUUUUAUAAAGAAGGAUUUCUCCCGAGAAUACCUAGAGAGGUGUGUUAUCAUAAGCAAAGGUUCGGUGGAAAGAGCAAAGAGAAAAAUGGAGAAAUCUUACACUUUCCGCACGCUUAUGCCAGAAUUGUUACAAUUUUCCAACCCCAGGGAUUUGAUGAAGGAGUAUGAAGGCUCGAUUAUAAAUGUUGUUCUCCCCCAACUGACGGAUGGACACGAUCGCGUAUACGUUAUGAGAAAUUGUGGGCAAAAAUUUACAAGUUUUACUAAUUACUACAAAUUUUUACUUAUGAUGUGUGAGUAUUUUCAAGCUAAAGAUUACAACAACGGUGUGAUUGGGGUGUUUGACUAUAUCGACGCAAAUGUAUUAGAAAUUGUGAAGACCAUAAACAUAGUAGAAGCUCGACAGCUGAUUACAAUUGUUACGGAAGGUUUUAGCCUUCGACUCAAGGGAGUACAUUUUAUGACGUCAUCAAAGGCUAUAGACACACUUGUUUCUUUACUAAAACAGGCCUUGAGCGAAAAACUGGCAAAGAGAAUUCAUGUGCACAGAGAUCUCACAUCUUUAAAAGAACAUUUUCCAUUGGAAAUUCUGCCAAUCGAGUAUGGCGGCAAGGAAAAAUCUAUGUAUAAAUUACAGGCUGAUCAUUUCAUAGAGGCAACGGUGGUAACAGCAAAGGGAUCUAUAGAAGGUGCAAAAAAGCAAAUUGAUAGUGCAUGUACUAUGAGGACUAUGUUACCACACUUCUUUGGUGUCACCGAUUUUACCAAAGACUUUGCGAAUGUCUUCGAUAUUGGAUCAGCCAUCGUUAUGCCGAAGCUCACAGAAGAACAUCACAGAAUAUUUGUGUUAAAAAGUAAAGGCCCUAUCACGAGUUCGGCGCAGUUGCUUAACUUUUACAGAUUCGGAAUAUGUCUUGGAGAAUACAUGAAAGCACACGACUACGUUGCAAGUUAUCAAUGCAUUUUUGAUAUACGCUUGGCAAAUGUCUCUGAUGUUAUAAAAAAUUUGAACCCAAUGGAUUUACGUCAAAUUAUUACAAUUAUUGUUGAAUGCUAUGGAUUACGAAUAAAAGGACUUCACAUUGUGUCAAACUCAAAGGUAGUGGAUACUUUGAUCGCUAUUUUGAAAACGCUAUUAAAACCGAAGAUGAUACAGCGGCUACAGCAUCACAAAGAUUGUGAUACUCUCAUACAGCUUUUUGGAAAGGAAUAUUUACCAGAAGAUUUAGGUGGUACUGAGCCAUCUGUAAAAGACUUGAGAGAUGCAUGGGCAGAAGUUUUGCAUGCACCAGAGUUUACAGAGUAUAUUCGAGAUAUGGACAAUGCCAAGACUGAUGAAAGCUUCCGGCCGAAAUGUAAAUUUAAUGAGGAAUAUGCGGGAAUGCCUGGAACUUUUAGGGUUUUAAGUGUAGAUUAAACAAAUGUCAUAAUAUAUAUUUGUACUUUUAAUAUAUGUAUAGUUAUAUUACUAGAUAUGUAAGUUUUUUUUAUGUUU